AUGAGUAUUACCAUAUUUCUAGGCGUAUCCACCGUCCUCGCCAUUCUCUACGCCGUUCAAGCCACAGCAAUAAGGGACCAAAAUAAAGCGAUGAUGCAAUGCGUAACAAAACUAAUGCCAUGUCGUGUGUAUGUUAACUCCGGGGCUCCUCCGCCGCUGUGGUGUUGCAAUCCGUUGAAAGAGAUCGUGGAGAAUGACGUGACAUGUCUAUGUGAAGCCUUCAAACAUCCAGACAUGAUGGCACUCGUUCAUCUCGACCAAGAGGCAGCUCUAAAUCUAAUCAGUUCAUGUGGAGCUAGUUAUGAUGCGUCACGUUGUAACGGUGGGAGCUCGUCCAUCGUCACCUCCAAAAAUGCAGCCCUAGCUAUCAGUUUGUUGGGAGUAAGCUUCGUUUCUGCUUUCACAGGACUUUGA